AUGACGCGACGUCGUGAUGACGACACUGCAGAUUACGAUCCGUACACCGGCGUACUUCCCGUUCUUCCGCCUGGAACAGAGUUUCCGGACAAGAACCCGCGCAGCAACGCCGCAACAGCUGCCUCUGCCGCCGGAGUGCGUGCCUUGAGCGCCCAGGCCAUCGCAUUCUACUUCCGAGCCCCGGUAAAAGCAUUCUUCCGGACCCGUGUCGACUACCUCGCCUACGCACGCAGUGUGCAUCAGGCCCAGAUCGACGCACUCGCACAGGCUGCUGCAAGAGAGCCAUCGUCUAGGUUGCGGGCGACUCUCCACCAGGCAUGGUUCUAUCUGCGGGGCACUACCCCCGGCGUGCUCACCUCCGCCGUGAAGCAACAUGGAUGGAGCGUUCUGCCUAACCAAGUUCUUCCGCCGCUUAUUGCAAAUGUGGGUGUUGGUGCUGUACUGUACACCAGCUACCUCACAAUCCUCGGCAACUUGCAUGAGGAAAGUGGAAAGUCGAGAAAGACCGUCUACCCACCGCCACAUCCGACGCAGACCUUCACCGCCGGGCUCCUCGCUGGAAGUCUUCAAAGUUUCAUUGCAGCACCCUUGGACGCAAUUCAAGCCAGAUAUGACCAUCGUGAUCUUAUUACUGCCGAGGGUGGGAAACCGAGAAGCAUGUGGGCUUUCAGCGCCGAGAAACUACGAGAGAUAGGCAUGCGCGGCAUAUUUGCUGGCUGGGGCCUGUCCCUUAUGAAGGAUAGUUUUGGUGCCGCGAUAUUCUUCAGUGUCUUCGAGUAUGUGAAGGCUCAAGGAUACCACCGCUUCGUCUCCUGGUAUUACGGUGGACUGGAAGAGCAUAUCGUCGACUUUUUAGCCAGGAAGCGACCGCCCAAGAAAGACACAUCCGACGAGGACGAUAAGCAGCCACUGAUCAUCCGGCCUCACUAUGCCAUCGAGCCGUUGUUUCUGCUGCUCGGUGGUCUUAGCGCUUCGUUUGCCCAGCAGAUUGUACUCCAUCCGUUGACACACGUGCAAGUUGAACACUGGGAUCGCCUAGAAGAAUUAGACGCCAAGGCGGCUAAGCUAAGAGAAUUCCGUGGGGCGAACCCGGGCCAGCGACGAGAUGAAUGGAGGAUGUUUAGGGCCUACUACCGAGCAUACAAGGAGACGUGGUCGGAAUGUUGUGCUGAGGCUGCAAAGGAAGGACUGAGUGUGAGGAAAUGGCUUUGGCGUGGCUUCUGGUGGAACACGAUCCGCCAGGUUCCCAGUACAAGUGCUGGAUUGAUCAUUUUUGAAUUGGUUCGACGCAAGUAUGGCCUGGGCAGCGAAGAGGUUCGUAUUGAAGGAGAUGGGUAUGAUAUCCUGCUUAACUAG